GAGUCCAGUCUAAUACAAUGGUCUAUCACUGAGAGAGACUGGUGAAAGAGUUGUAUUUUUGUUCCUCUAAAGGACGCAACGUCUUCCUCCCUCUGGGGGAAAAGGAAAGCUCCUCAGUGAAGACCAAGAGCAUGCCAUUGUAGGAUUGGUCAUUGCUGACAAUGCAAUAAAACUGAGAGAAAUUCAGACCAUUGUAGAGGACAACCUGGUAUUUCACAAUGUGGAAAUCAUCAGCCUGACUGCCAUUGUUCAGACUCUGACCAAACAUAGAGUUCGAAUGAAACAGUUGCACGCGGUUCCUUUUGAAAGGAACAGUGAGCGGGUCAAGGAACUCCGGCACCAAUACGUCCAGGUAUGAUGUCUCCCCAAUAUGUCUAGUUCUAUAGUGAGUUUUACACUAUGCUACUUAAAGUACAUACAGUAGGACAUACUGAAAAGCAUUAUCACAUAAUGUGUUUGAUUAAUGGAGUCAUGGAGUUGGAGGCUAAACAGACCCCACAUGAAAUCAUUUAUGAAGAUGAGGCAGGGUUUAAACUGACAAAAACACGUUGGAGGGGAAGCAACGUCACCGGGAAAAGGGCCACCGUUGAUGUGACGGGUCAGAGGGGAGAAAAUAUCACAAUGUGUGCUGCAGUCUCGAGUGCUGGUCUGGUCCUGCAGAAAUGCCAGAUUGGUCCCUACAACACUGAGCGCUUUCUUUUGACCUCCACCAACAACUGGUGCCAGAAGCAGAAAAGGAACAGCUGGGAGGAAACAUGAGGACAUUUGUGAUUGCAUGGGACAAUGUAGCAUUCCACCAUUCACAUGCAAUCACAAACUGGUCUGCAGCCCAUCCAAGAAUGGUUUCCCUUUUCCUCCCCACUUCUCACCUUUCCUCCCCACUUCUCAACAUCAUUGAGGAAUCUUUUCUGCCUGGAGGUGGAAAGUGUAUGAUCAUCGGCCACAUGACAAAAUCCCCUCCUGGAUGCAAUGGAUGCCGGCUGCAGAGACCUCUCAGCUGAAGACUGCCAGGGGUGGAUAAGGCAGGCCAAGCGUUUCUAUCCAAGGUGCAGAGACCUCUCAGCUGAAGACUGCCAGGGGUGGAUAAGGCAGGCGAGGUGUUUCUAUCCAAGGUGCAGAGACCUCUCAGCUGAAGACUGCCAGGGGUGGAUAAGGCAGGCCAAGCGUUUCUAUCCAAGGUGCAGAGACCUCUCAGCUGAAGACUGCCAGGGGUGGAUAAGGCAGGCGAGGUGUUUCUAUCCAAGGUGCAGAGACCUCUCAGCUGAAGACUGCCAGGGGUGGAUAAGGCAGGCCAAGCGUUUCUAUCCAAGGUGCAGAGACAUCUCAGCUGAAGACUGCCAGGGGUGGAUAAGGCAGGCCAAGCGUUUCUAUCCAAGGUGCAAAGACAUCUCAGCUGAAGACUGCCAGGGGUGGAUAAGUCAGGCCAAGUGUUUCUAUCCAAGGUGCAAAGACCUCUCAGCUGAAGACUGCCAGGGGUGGAUAAGGCAGGCGAGGUGUUUCUAUCCAAGGUGCAGAGACCUCUCAGCUGAAGACUGCCAGGGGUGGAUAAGGCAGGCCAAGCGUUUCUAUCCAAGGUGCAGAGACCUCUCAGCUGAAGACUGCCAGGGGUGGAUAAGGCAGGCGAGGUGUUUCUAUCCAAGGUGCAGAGACCUCUCAGCUGAAGACUGCCAGGGGUGGAUAAGGCAGGCCAAGCGUUUCUAUCCAAGGUGCAGAGACAUCUCAGCUGAAGACUGCCAGGGGUGGAUAAGGCAGGCCAAGCGUUUCUAUCCAAGGUGCAAAGACAUCUCAGCUGAAGACUGCCAGGGGUGGAUAAGGCAGGCCAAGCGUUUCUAUCCAAGGUGCAGAGACCUCUCAGCUGAAGACUGUCAGGGGUGGAUAAGGCAGGCCAAGCGUUUCUAUCCAAGGUGCAUAGCGAGAGACGACAUAAGAUGUGAUGUGGACAAGAACAAGAACUUGUGGCCAAAAUGCUGAAGAUGGUAUAGAUUAGAACAGGACUGGACAUGUUUGUGUUUUUUCCCUUCUGUGCCUUUUUUACAGUAAUUGUGUUUUAUUUUUACACAUUGGGAACCACAAGCCAUGUAUGUUGGAUUUUUUUUGUUGAUCACUGGCAGCAAUUUCAUGUUGCUAAAUGAAGCUUUUACUGCAGCAAUUCUGUCACUUACUAUUGUUUUCUAUUGUACAUUCUAUAAAAUAAAGAUGACUCAUUCACUUUUAGAUAGUGUGUUGCCAAAAAUGCACACAAUUGACACUCAACCCAAAAAUGUAGAGUGGUUUACAGUAAAAGGAAACUGAAUUAAAAAGAACAAUGGAUUUCAUAUUGUCUAUUGUAUGCAGGUUCUGAAACAUGAAAAGUAUUGCAGUUUUUGUAAUGCCAUCAACUGUUAGUAUUUUGAAAGUCGUUGAUUGACUAUAUGUUCCUCUUGGAUAGAAAACAUGUGCUAGUGUUUUGACUGAAUGAUUAGAUAUUGAGUCGGGUUUGCCGUGUUUUGAUAGAGUUAGUGUACGUAGAGAAAGUUUUUUUUGCAUUUUGAAAUGUAGAGAUGGUAUUUAAUGAACAAAAUGAAGUUUUGAGCAGAAAAUGAACUAUUUGACUAAUUGUGUGACGUAGGUGUGUUGCUAUGUUAAGAGUUGAUAAAAAAAGUACCUUCACUAUAGGUAAACGCUUGUUAGCAAUCAUAAAAAAAAGUUUUAAAAGUUUUAAAAGACUGUAAGCCAUGCUUUGUUGUCAAUGGGAGAAUGGGAGUGUUAUACCUAAAUCCGAGUUAGCCUAAGGAUCUCAAGUUAGGAGUCAGUUCAGGAGUCCAUGUUGGCCCAGACAUGUUUGAGACAGUUGUAUAGAUUUGAUUUAGCCUGGUCCCAGAUAUGUUUGUGCUGUCUUGCCAGCUCCUAUGGUCAUUGACAUGCACAACACAAAUAGAUCUUGGACCAGGCUGGAUGUGCUUGUCUUAUUUGCUGUGGUCCAGGUGCAGAACAUCUUUCAGAUGGUUGUUGGACAUGUGUUUGUCUUGUUGGUAAAACUUUACUUACGAUGACGGUAUGUAACAUUCAUAAAGUAUUCAUAAAACCUUCAUAUCCAUGACAUGAAUGUCUAUACGUCUCUGUUACAACAUAUACAGUAUUUACCCUACUCUG